AAUGUCAAUCCUCAAUAUGUCAAUUGUCAUAGUUCAAAUCCAAAUGCAGAAGGAAUAAAUUAAAUGUGAGCAAAAUGUGAUAUUAUAUUGAGACGAAAUGUAUAAAACUAGUAAAAUUUUGUCCAUACGUUGUGCGUAUACCGACAGGCAACUAUGGUAUAUCGUAAGGAAAACGAGCACAACACAAGACAACAAAUCGUUGCUACCACCCAAUCCUCAGAAAAUAUCUAGUGAUAUGGUCGGACCCCCAGAUCCAGUAUCAAACCUGAGAAGAAUUGUUUUUAAAAAGCCAGCGAAUGAAGGACAGUUAGAGAAAAAAUACAGAGAACUUAGAACGGAAGUACAAGAAUGGAACCAGGAAUUUUGGACGCAACACAAUUCGAGAUUUUUUAAGGAAAGAGAAAAUUACUUAAAGCAUAACCUCCCCGAAGGAAAAAGCAACUUAACAGCCGAUGAAAUGAGUGUGUUUUAUAAAGCAUUUCUAGACAAGAAUUGGAAAACACACAUAAAGUACAACAUUGAAUGGUAUAAGAAGAAUGUUACUUUAUUAGGUCUAGCUAUUAGAAUAAAACUUAGAAGAAUUUUUAGAAUUAAAGAUUAAUAGUACUAAGUGUUA